AUGUUUCUUAAAGAGCAAAAUAUGAAUAAUGAAUCCUCUGUGUCAGACUUUCUACUGCUGGAAUUCUCAGACAUCUGGGAUUGGCAGAUUAUGUGCUUUAUUGGAUUCCUGGUUUUUUAUCUGGCAGCAGUUGUGGGAAACCUUCUCAUCAUCUCUGCCGUAGCCUCUGACCACCACUUGCACACCCCCAUGUACUUCUUUCUGAUGAAUUUGGCCAUGCAAGAUGUGGGACAAGUGUCUGUCAUUAUCCCCAAAGCCAUGACAAAUACCCUGAUGAACUGCAGACACAUUUCUUACUCUGGGUGUGUGGCUCAGGUUCUCUUUUUUGUUUCCUUUACAGUAUCUGAUUUCUCUCUCCUGACAGUCAUGGCCUAUGAUCGGUAUGUUGCCAUUUGCAGUCCAUUACUGUAUCAGAAUGUGAUGAACAAGCAAGCCUGCAUUCAAACAAUUACUAUUGUUUGGAUCUUCAGCUUCUUCUAUGGGGUGUUACACACUGGAGGGACCUUUGCAUCUCCCUUUUGCUCCAAUGUCGUUAAUCAGUUUUUCUGUGAAAUCCCAGCAUUGCUGAAGCUAGCCUGUUCUGAUCUAUACCUGUUUGAAAUUGGAUUAGUUUUCUUUGGUUGCUUUGUUGGGAUAGGGUGCUCUAUUUUCAUAGUUGUGACUUAUGUGCACAUCUUCAGUGCAGUGCUGAGAAUGCCCUCUGCACAGGGACGGCAAAAGGCUUUCUCAACUUGUGUUCCACACCUCAUGGUUUUAUUCCUUUUUUUAUUCAGUGGGUUCUUUGCCUACCUCAAGCCUACUUCCAAUUCAAACUCACCUCUGAAUUUGGCAUUUGCCAUGAUAUAUUUCAUGGUCCCUCCCUUGAUGAAUCCAGUAAUCUACAGCAUGAGAAACAGAGAUAUAAAAGAUGCUUUGUCAAAGAUGUUGGGCUUGCAGUCCUCAUCCAGUUGUGUCUUCUCCAUUCUUUUCAUGCAAAAAUGUAAGCAUAAGCACAAUCAGAGCUAA